AUGGUGAAGACAUGUACUUCUUCACCUAGCAAGAUGUCUAAUGUGAAGAAAGAUGAACAGCUGCGUCCGGGCUGGGUGCUCUCCGAGCGCGGGGAGGCGGGCUGCGAUCGUCGCGGUCGGCGGGGCGCAGCAGCUGGGGACCCCGAGCCGGCGAACCCGCGCGCGAUCUCCGCGGGGACUGCCGGCGCUUUGGGCCUUGAAUGGAAAUGGGGACGGGGCCUCCGGACCCUCUACCUUGGAUUACUUGGUGCAUCUCGGCUGGGCUUGAUGACCCGUAACCUCGUCUCCAUCCGUGGAUUGGUGCGUUCUACCCAACAGUCGGGUCGCUUCCCGGGAGAGGCCGUUUUAGCCAUCGUCUGCCUCCAGGCGGAGCGGAUUCACGGUGGUCAUUGCCUAUCCUGGCUCAUCGCCCUUCCAACGCCGCCUAACCGCCUGCCGCCCCGCGGGACAGGGCCCCGGCCCGGGGAGAGGUCCGCGUCCUCGGGGUCCCCGCCCGACACCCUGGCACUUACUACCUUCUCAGCACGUCGCGCUGCGGGCCCGUUACCUCGGCCUGAGGCUGAAUUCCUGAUGCAAGAAGCCCGGAUGGACUGUGUGCCCGGCAGACCUGUUGCCCAUCAGAUCUGCCCUUCCCUCGGGCCCCUUCCCUCUGGCCCUUCUCCUUUUGGAGAGCAGACCUUUCUCACGUGGAGUAAGAUGCCAAAGGAGAAGGUGGGUCUGGUCCCUGAUGGCAAGAGCAGCACCGAGCAUCCCUGGGGCAGCCGGUUCCAGGGCGGACCCCGGUUGUACUCGCUGGGACAGCUGGUGUCCGUCUGCGGGCUCCUGCCUCGGGCCCGGGAGCGACAGCUUGGCGGGCUCAGGCUGGGCUCCAGACCCUCCCGGGGCCGCUGGAGGCGCGGAGCCCUGGACCGCUUCCCGGAGCGCUGCGCGGCUGUUCUACGAGCGGCCGCGCGAUGGAGCUGUGGAUCCGCCGGCGGCCGCGGCCUCCCGCCGCCCUGCCUGGGGAACCGGCGCCCGGCCGGUCUGCGGCCCGGGGCGGGGGCUCAGCGCAGCUCCCUCCGCGGCGGCCAGCUUCCCGGGCGCACAAAGCCGCCGCUCGGGGCCCAGGGCCUCCCCACGGACAGCCCCCGGCGGAAGAGGCUUGCGUCUUGGGCAUUGUUUUCCCCCUCCUUGGCUUGGUCUUACAGAGCACCCUUGCUGCUCCUGACUUGA